AUGUCGACUCCGACACAACAUAAUGCGCAUUUUAUACCAGGAAAUGCGACUUUCCCGCACGUCAUGUCCGGAGUUGGAAGCCAUGCGGUGUCGGAUCAAACGCCGGCGAGAGCUCCCUCAGAGACGACUACUUUCGGGGAAUCAUUCACGGGAUUCGGCGCCUCUGCAUCGUACGACGGGGAUGAUUUUACCUCGUUUCUGGAUAGCAUUCCGCUGCCAAGCCAUCCUUUCUCUCCUAGUUACCAACCCCUGCCGUUGUUCCCUGCCCUCCAGUUCGACUCUACUCCUGUCUACGACCAGUCCAACAAGGACAGAGACAGAGACGCUGCAAGCGUAACCACACCGGGAUCGGUACUCCCUCGUCACGGCACGCAACUGCCCUCACUUCAGCCAGAGGAAUCGCACACGCCUUACAAGUCCCGACAACCGCGGAGUUCUAUCUCGGUGACGACGCAGUGUCGCGACCGCUACGUCGCUUUACUAACAGACUACGCGAAUGUCAUCACCGACCCUUUCAUCCCCUCACGACACGCCCUGUCGCGAUGUCUGACAGGGUAUCUAACGGGGUACCAUAAACAUUACCCAUUCAAGCACAUCGCGACUCUGGACGUAGAAUCCCUCUCCCUACCGCUGUUCCUCUCCAUGGCUGCGCUGGGCGCUCGAUACUGUCGGGAACCUGACACGAGCAUGAAUCUCUAUCUUGUCGCCAAGGCCGUGACCAUGGAGCACAUCCGACGGAAUUACCAAUGGAUUCUACCACCCCCUGCUACUCCAUCUCCCGCAUCGCGGGAUCAAGAUCAUCUUGACACUAUCCAAGCGCUGGUGAUGCUAACAUCAAUCUCCUCGUGGUUCGAACGCAACCCAGCAUACUCCGAAGGACUAUUCAUCCGCGGGGUAUUAGAGACGCUAGUCCGACAGGGAGGUAUCAACGAACUCCCGUCCCAUGACGGGACAUGGCAUAGCUGGAUCCGGACGGAGGAACGCAAACGUACGAAACUCGUGGUAUUCUGCAUUCUCAACAUCCACACUAUCGUCUUCGACGUACCGCCGCUGGUCCUCACCGAGGAACUGACGCUGGAUCUGCCCUGCACGGAGAAAGAAUGGCAAGCCACGACGGCGGAGCAAUGGCAUUCCGAACGAGCGCAGCGUCUCCCACAGCCCGUGGUUGAAAUCAAACUUCAAGACGCGCUAUCCUCUCUAUUCUCUCAACCCGCAAUGUCCACAUCCAGACAUCUAGAGAGUUUCUCCUCUAUGGGCGGAUACGUUCUCAUUCACUCCAUCAUCCAGAACAUCUGGCUGAUCCAGAAAACAUGUCGACUACCACACACGAAGACGAGCUCGUUAUCUACAACGCAGAUAGCAUCCCUAGAACACGCACUGGAACAAUGGUGUCAAUGCUGGGAACACAACCAGGAAUCAUCGAUUGAUCCAUUCAAUCCGCACGGGCCGAUCUCAUUUACAUCAACAGCGCUACUUCGACUCGCGUACAUCCGACUCAACGCAGACUUCAGCUCUGCGCGACGUCUACAGACAUGGGACCCGGAUGCGAUCGCGCAGUCGCUGCUGGGGAAUGUGUGCGUGGAACGGAGUGAUCGAUUAACGCGCGCGGCGCUGCAUUGUGCGCAUGCGCUCAGCACGCCCAUCAAAUUGGGGAUCAAUUUCGUGGCUCAUACGCACGUGGCGUCGUGGUCGAAUCAGUACGUGCUGUGUUCGAUGGAGUGUGCCGUGUUGCUGGCGAAGUGGUUGGAGGUGGCGACUGUGUUAGAUCCGCAGCCGGAGCUGACGGAGCAGGAGUCCAAAUUGCUGGAGUUUGUUAUUGAGAUGGUCAUGGAGGCGAGGCAUGGCGUAUCGCGUGAGUGGCUGCUGGGACGUCCGACGCGGUUGAGUGCCUCCGUCACGCGCCUCUGGGCCCAGCUCUUUACGGCGGAUUAUAUCUGGGAACUGGUCAAUUUGAUCGGUCGGUCGUUGAACCGGUACGCGGAUCGGUUGGAGAGUUUGGAUGGACUUAAUUAG